AUGAAGAAGGACUUUUCAAAUUUGACUUAUCAUUCACGUCGAGCGCCGUCAGAUGUACGAAACAAUCCCCUAAUAACUCAUUCGGAAACGUGCGUCAUCACUAAGCCCAGGAAAGCAGAAGCAAGAGCAGAAGAAAUAGAACUAGAAGGAGGAGAAGCAGAAGCAAGAGCAGAAGAAAUAGAACUAGAAGGAGGAGAAGGAGAAGGAGGAUCGCCUACAAAGAGAAUGUUCUCGAACCCUGCCAAACAGUACAUCAGGAAAACCAAGAUGAACAAAUCACGUAUUUGCGUUCAUUCAGACAAGGACGGGUACCAGCUGAGUCUGCGGUGGAAUUCUGAACCGCCCGAGCUGCCUUUUGAUGGGCUCGCUCGCACCCUCGACGAUUUCCCCACAGCAAACGAGGUGGACGGAGUCAAUGACCCUUGCAAGCGCUUGGGUAUCAUCGAUAUCAAAAAGAUGACGACUCCGAGUCUCCCAAAACAGAAUUUGAAGCUGCAGCUGUCGCUCGAUUUGAGUGCAACUCACAGGGUCCACACAGCGUUUGAAAAGGGCACCCUGGAUGAUGACCCCUUUAUGGAUAACCACGAGCAGCAAGACGAGCAGCAAGACGAGCAGCAAGACGCGCGAUACGCGCCGGGUAAUUUCCAAAUAACCGAGUUUGGAGACCAGGAGACGAUUAAGAGGAAAUAUAAAAAUCAAAAGAUACCAAAGCCCAUCACUUCGCGCAAGCAAUUGCUCUUGAAAGCAGCGAAAUAUUUCGAUGUGGUUCAAGAUAUUCUUCGCGGGAAAAUCGAAUCAACCUACUACAAACAGGCCAAGGCCCAAUGUGUAGAAUCGUCUCAUGAGACCAUGUCGACUUUGGAAAUGGCCAGGGUUGAUUGGAAGCAAUACUACGCCGGCUACUAUGGCUCAGAAAGGCAAUCCGUGAUUGGGCACUAUGUGAGCGAGUUGUUUUAUAAGAAAUUGGCCAAGACUGCAAAAUACAACAAAACGGUGAGUUACUGGAACAUUACCAAUUUCGCUAUCCAGGUGCUAGCUACUGAAGUGAUUAUUCGUAUGAUUAUGGAAGAUAUGAAUUGUGGACUCGACAAAGCUAAAAAAGUGUGUCGCGAGACUGUGGACUAUGGAGCCGUUAUUGCCAACGCCACGGAGUUGGUCGAUGAUGUGUCGAGUCUAGACAUUGUCUAUCAUCUGCCCAGGGACAGUGAGAUCAAGGAAGAAGAGGAGGAAGAAAAACACGGCGACAGCCAAAAGAGUUUGUCGGAGUUUGUAGACUCUGCUGAAACUGAGCAAAGAGCUGCUAAGCGGAGGCGAGCCGGGAACGAUGUUUUUGAAAAGCUAACUAGCCUUGAUCUAUGA